AUAUAACCCCGAAGGCCAAUAUCAGGGUAGAGAGCGGUCACAGAGUGCUAGUGGACAUGGAUUUCGGCGAUCUUAAAGACGAUUUUGAUCCAUUCGACUUACCAACUGCGAACCCCACUCUAUUUGCAGUUGUCGAGUCGCUCAAUAAAGUCCCCGCGUGGCUUGACGGUACGUCAGUAGAGAGUAUGUUAGAGGCGUUAAACCACGGACCAAGCGACGACUCAAGCAAAGACGACGAUACCUCCUCUAAUACCAGCAUGAUAAUUUCGAGUAAGGGAAAGAGACCGAAGGAAGGAGAAACCUUUGAGGACUGCGAAACACAGUUUACGGAUAAGGAGUUGAUGGAGCUUUCGGUUCGCGAGUUGAAUACGAAAUUACGCGGACUGCCUAGUACUGAAAUUGAUACGAUAAGGAAGCGAAGGCGAAGUCUCAAGAAUCGGGGUUACGCUAUGAACUGUCGUACUAAACGCGAACAGGAAAAUAAGGAGCUUGCGAAAAUGAAUAAAAAACUGGCUAGAGACGUCGUGAGUAUGAAGGAAGAACUUCGCAAGAUAAAGAAAGAAAGAGACGCUAUGAAGACAAAAUAUGACAAAAUGAGGGAAGUGCUCAAUCGACUUUGCCGUGAAUCGGCGCGUUUCUACAACAAUGAAAAAAAGAAUUCGAGUUAAAUCAUUCAAUUAUUAGAGUUUGAAUGGUUUAAGCAACAUAAGAUUAACAUUGUGUUAGUUUCUGUGUUAAAGGUCUGCCAUACACAACAGGCUAAUAUAGCUUUAUCUUGCGCAAUUGUUGCCGGCGAUUCGGUGUUUUUCCGGGCGAUCAAAUGCAAUACGUGGCGAUCGUUGCAAUUAAAAUAAAAAUGCUUGGAAAUGCAUUUAGUAAAUAGUUAAAAGAGAUUGACAAGGCAAUGAAUAACAGUGUACAGAACAUAUAAUUUUAGAGGUGAUAGCUAAUUCGGCAGUCAGCAGUCUUAUAAUGUAAAAUGUAGCAUAGAGAAUAAUAAAGGAGGUUGUGAAAA